GGAAGCUACAAGUGUUUGCAGAAAAUCCGUCCGAAGAUGGAGACUUCAACUGCGGGACAUAUGAUGAGCUUAGCUGCUCUGCAGAGACAAGACCCGUACAUAAACAAGCUGCUGGAUGUUACCGGUCAGGUAGCUCUCUACAACUUCAACUCCAAAGUGAACGAAUGGGAGAAGACAGAAAUCGAGGGAACUCUGUUUGUUUAUUCAAGGUCUGCCUCCCCUCACCAUGGCUUCACCAUCAUGAAUCGACUGAGUACAGCGAACCUCGUGGAGCCGAUAAAUAAAGAUCUAGAGUUCCAGCUGCAGGAUCCCUUCCUGCUCUACAGGAAUGGCAACUUGGGUAUCUAUAGUAUUUGGUUCUAUGACAAGCGGGACUGUCAACGCAUCGCCCAGCUGAUGGUCAAGAUUGUGAAACAAGAAGCGGACCACGCCCUUAGAAAGACCCCAGAGAGGCUGGAUCCAGGGAGAACCAAUGGAGUUGCAGAACCUCGGCCCAUCGACAUCCUGGAGCUGCUCAGUAAAGCCAAGGAGGAAUACCAGAGGGCCCAGGGUGGAGAAACAGAAGUGUCUGCAGAGUCAAAUGUGAAAACUUGCAUCAGCAGAGCUCCAGAACCUGUACACAGCUCCCAUCCAGCUGAAAAGAGCUCUCAUUCGAUGGUGAAGCAGAUCACUGUUGAGGAGCUCUUCGGUUCUCCGCUCCCUAAAGAACCUCCUGCACAGAACACCAUUUCUUCCAGUGACCUCUCAAACACUUACAUCAUGAAACAAUCACAUCCUGCUGCAACUCACCAAAGUCCACUCCUCACACAGCAAUUCUCAACCCAUGAUCCUGGCUCUAGCCAGCAACCACAUGGACCUGGUCCAAUCCCUACUCCUUACACGCUAAAUCCCAGUCCUGUCUUCAAAUCGGCGGUUCCCAUGCCAGACCUCCAGUCUAACUGCUCAGUGUCCCCUCUCCUGAUGGCUCCAGGAAGCUCAGAGCAUCACAGUACCUUCACUGGACCCACAGCAUCUUCAGCUGCCUUUUUGGGACAAGACAUGGUUAACUCUCUCAAACCAUCAGCUCCAUCUGUACAUUCAGGCAUACACAGACCCAUUCUCGCACCCAGCUUCCUGCCAAGCACACUGGUACCGCCUCAUAGCUUCCAAGAGCCCAAGAAGGAUGUUUUCUCUCAGCCUUCCAACCUGAUCGCACCAAUGUCUGCUAUUCCUAUGAGCCCUGGUCUUGCGGUUCCAGGCUCUGUCGCUUCAGUGCUACUAUCUCCCAGCGCCUUUCAACAGACCAUGAAUAAAACCACAGCAGUACCAGUGGUGCCGUCUGGUCCUCCAGAUCCAUCACCUGCUUCUGGAAGAACUGCAGAGCCUCUGCAGGCCCCCUGCAGUAAAACACAGCUCCAGGAGACGUUGAUACAUCUUAUUAAGAAUGACUCGGACUUCCUUGGUGCCAUUCAUGUCGCUUACCUUCAGAGCGUAUCCAAGGACUUCACCAACAUGAAGCUGUAGUCUUGUUUCAAGCAGAAAUGAUUUCAGUGCUAGAGCUUCUUUACGGCCACAGAAGAAGGCAUAUGAUUGUGGGAGAAAACCGAAGGAAGAGGAGACAGGUUUGUGACGUAUUGCGUACCACGUCUUCUUCAUCUCUGGUUCGUGUGCCGUGGAUUAUGACAGGAAAGGCUGCACAAUUUAUCCCUGGAAUGUCCCGUUACCCUGGAUCUGUGGGUGAAUAACUGUGGGAACACACUUCAGCUAACUUUCCAAAUAUGGUGAAUCCGGUUAAACUAAUGGCCACUUUUUGAGGAAACCCGAUUACUUGAUGGACAGGAAGAACACAGUAGACGUUUGGUGGUGGUACUACAUCCUUUGACUUUUGGAGAGGUAGAAAAAAACUGCUGGGACAUUAUGUGAAUCACAGACACUCUUAUUAAUAAAGCCAUCAUCUUUGUGGGGUUCUCACAGUGAGAGCAUAGCAACACAAACAACACACACGCCUUUAAAAACAAUUACAUAUAUUUCCACUUAGCGAAGCAGAAAGUUAUAGAAGCUUGUGUAUUUUUAGUAAAAUAUUUUCAACAGCAAUUUCAGUGUUUCUGUGGCGUUUUAGUUUUUGACAGAUUUUUUUUUUUUCUUUUUCAAGGCACUAGGGCUAAAAACCUAACUUAUGUAUCAGUCUGUGAGCUGUUUUUUUAAAAUAAUGUUACAGGUGAAAAAUAUUUAUAAUUCCUUAAUGCACAAAGCCCUAUGUUUACUCCCUUUCUUUUUUCCAAAUGUACUUUUAUGAUUUUGUUUCCUUCUUGUCUGUCGUAGCGUUUCUCCCAACAGAUGAGCUCACAGUACUUGAUCUUCAUGGAAGGACUUGUGCAAUACACAGCAGGUUCAGACCAGCACUUUGGUACUAAAGAGCUACAUUUAUUUGAAUUUAAAUAUCUUGUGCAAACAAAAGAAAAAUCAGGUAUAACGUUUGGAUUCCUGUUCUUUUUACGAUCAAAAGGAAAAGUUGCAGCUGAAUUUUCUUUACCCUCCCUAAGCUAGCCGUUAAAGGUUUGGAUUAGAAAACGUAAAUUAGCUUUGUUUCUUGCUCACAGUUAGGUUUUAAGUAGAAGAAAAUCAAUUUGACUGUGUUGAGGUUCUUUUUUGCAGUAAGAGACUACUACAAUAAACCUACAGGCAAAUCCUGCAGAGUGAGCUGAAGGCAGGAAAUGGCACAUACAUAUGUUUUGGAUAUCUGUUUUAAUUCAGACAGGUUUUCUCUACAUCUGUAGUCUCAACAUAUUGAGAUCCUUACACCUCUUAAAUUAUAGAUGUUUGUUUGUAGGCUCAGUGAUUCAGUUACCUAAACACUGUAAAACGUAUUUAAAGCCCUAAUAAAUUCUCCUUUUACUGCAGAAACUUAAAAACAUUCUGAAAAAUGGAAAAACCUUUUAUUCAGUGAUGAGGGAAAAAAGUCUUUAUAUAUAUACAUAUUUUUGCUUUUUACAAAAUCACAAGUGCUCACUUAUUGGCACCCCUAACAAUUACUGUAAACAACUGAGGCUUUUUAAAAUGUAUACUUUUACUUUUUUUUACUGAUCAGAGUGCCUAGGAACUUUUCAUUAGUAAUAAAUGCCUUCCUGUUUCAGUGGGGUAUAAAUAUAACACAAAGACCCAAACUUUCUUAGCCACUCUUCAAAAUGGGAAAUACAAGAGAAAAUGCCUUUCAAGACAGGAGGAUUUUUAUUGAUCAGUCAGGAAUUGGCUGCAAGGAAUUAGCUGUUCUCCUAACCUACCUGAAAACAGCUGGAAAUGUGACAAAUGAGCCAGGAUGAGGAUGUUUUUCUUGGUGCUGCACACAGUGAGGAGGAUUGAAAACUGGGGGUGAAGAAAAUCUGCUCACUGUUGGAGAACCGCAGCAAAUUAUUUGGUUAAAUAAAUUCCUGGUUUCUAAAGAAAAGUAAUCAGUUUCCAUUAUGUUGUGUUACUCAGUUUAUGGCAACAGCAAACCGUUUUUCAAAACACUUUUUUACUCGUCCUUCCCAGUAAAUGUGGAGGGUGGCAUAAGUCCUUGUCUUGACUGUGACGUCAUAACUUGAAUGUAGAUGCUGUCAGUCUUGCUUUCUUCAACAUUAGCUCUGUACACUAAAGUGCUGUUUCUUUUUUUAUUUUAAUAUUGUUCAUAGUUACAAUGUCAGAUAUGUGCACCCGGAAACAAGAUGUCAGUUGUCGUUUCCAUUACGGUGUGGAAAUCUUGAUUAAAUGUGGUUUUUCCAGCUCUUUCGUUAUAUGAUUGCUAAAUAAGGAGCAAUUGAAACAAAAAAUAUUAAAGCAGGUGUUAUGUUCAAGAUUUUAAGAUUAUUAUUUAUCACAUUGGUCAGAGUUAUGGUUUUUGGGUAAGUCAUUGCAAAGAAAAUAUUUUUUUAAGUUAGUCAUUGUGCAUAGGUUGACAUUAUACAUAUUUUGUGAUAAUAAAGUUCUGAACACACAA